AUGGCAGCCCCGAAGGAAAAUAAGCUCUUCCCUCCCAAUCCCUACUAUAUCCCUGGCUACGAGGGCUUCGUCCCUCAGUACAACUAUCAGUUUGGAGAAACCUUUGGCAGAACCACGUACCGCCUGCUGACGGAUCCCGGUGUUGCGAAGAGCCCUCGCCCCUUGCUGGCACCGCUGCACAAGCAGAAGUUUGUCGAGGACUUCAGCGGGACGAAGCAUGGUGUCCAGGGUUAUCUCCCUGGGCGUCCAGGGUACUUUCCCUAUGAGAAAGCUGGGGCCGCAACAAGCUUUCCUGAACCAGUCCUUGGGCCAAAACCUCCCCCGCCGGGGCCAGGGCUGGCAGAGGAAGAGCUGAUGACGAUGCACAUGGACCCCGUGCCCCAGCACCACCCUGGCGAGUACGUCCCGAGGACGCGACUGCCAUGUGGGUACCCACGGAGGAUUUCACGCCAUCCUGCCUCGGAGGGGCGAGAGUGGCAAUUGCCCAAGCUACCCCCGGCUUGUGGGCAGGGAAAAAGGUGCGGACCUGGCCAGCUCGGCGGUGCCUUGGCAGGAAGCAAACCGCCUGUAAAAACUGAAGGUGUGACACUGCCAGGAGUGGCUGAAACCGCGGAUGUGGAGCAAGAUAAUCGGUUACCAAAACUGGAUGUACCAAAUGCAAUCCAACAGAAAGUCAUUCCAGGGUACGCUGGAUUCAUUCCCCGCCUCACCUGGAUUAAUGGCGUGAACUACGUCCAGGGUGUGAAGGAAGCAAUGAACGAAUUUGGCCGACAUCAGUUUUUGCAGAGAAACCCAGCUUGCAGCUUUGGCAAGAGAUUUCCCCAAACAUACUGGCCUAACAACAGAAUUUACACCAGUGCUGGACUCAUACCUUCCUACACAGGCUUUGUACCAGACGUCCGACACACCUACGCGCUCACUUUUGGGAACAGCACCCGAAAGGCUUACGAAAAGGAACAAAGGAGACGAGCUUGUGCACUGUGA